AUGUCAACUUAUAUCUCGAGCCAAGAACUAGACGACGCGAUUUCCUUCACUGUACCACUCUCAAACUAUGAUACAGAUAGCCUUUGCAGGAACUAUAGUUUGCGAAGACAUAGGUGGGAGGCUGAGGCUAACGCAGGAUCCCAUAAAGCAAGAUUGGACUGGAUCAAGUAUGUCGGGCCUACGGAACAGUUUGGGGGAUGCAAUCCCAUCAAUGGCAAUUUCUCAGCUUUAGCUUUACCGCUCACAAAGCCUGAACGUAUGAGACUAGUUGCUUAUGUACUUGAGUAUAUAUUUCUGUAUGACAGUGUCAUCGAACUUGAAAAGCCAGACGACGAUCAACACGAUCACUUUGAUCAUCCCGAGCGACAAGAAUGGAAGGGCACAGAUCCAACGCUAGGCAGAGCUCAGAUCCAAGGAAAGAUUAUGAAUGAACUCACAUCAGUAGACCAAGCAUGCGCGGAAAGAGUCAGGAGGACUUUCAAAGAAGCCAUCGCUUUGAUUCUGCGUGAAAAGGGAAAACAAUAUGGCUCCCUAGACGAGUACUUGGAUUUCCGACUUAUUGAUGCCGGAACAUCCGUCAUAGAGGCCUUGUUACUCUUCGGCAUGGGUGUGACACUUACCGAAGAAGAGGACGAUCAGCUCGAACCCAUCCGCAAACCAGGCUUCAUAGCAUUAGCACUAGCAAACGACUACCUUUCUUUUGACCGAGAAUACCUCGAGUUCUCAGAGUCAGGACAAGUGGGGACAUUGUCGAACGCUGUCUGGUUGUAUAUGCAGUGGAACGACGUGGACGUCGAUGUCGCAAAAAGGGUGAUACUGGACGUAACACGGCAGAAUGAAGACAAAUUUCUGGAGAACUGCGCAAAUUACCGACGAGAAAACAAGAAAAUGUCCCAGAAAUUGAGCAGACACCUGUAUGCACUAGAGUGCCAGAUCAGCGGGAACGUGGUUUGGAGUUUGAACAGCCCUCGAUACCGUCCUGAAGCCAGAUACGAUCCAAAUGCUGGUCUGGAAGAUGAACUGACAGCAAAAUCAAUGCCAGAGGCCCUGGGAAUCAACUACGAGGCUCGAUUUAUCCGCAAGCCUGAGGAACACGCAGGCAAACCGAGCAUCAUAAAUCCUCAUCUAAGGAUUGUCAAUUCACGGAAGUCUUCGUCUGAGACUUGCAUUACGGUCUCUGAUGAAACCGUAUCAAUAGCAGACAGCAGUUGCUCUCGCUCGUCACUUGAUUCGGUUUCCUCGAGCUCUGAAAUCGAGCAGACGGUGGUCGUUCAUUCCCCAAAGAGUGUGUCUUUGGACUCUAGGUAUGCCAGAGCACCAGUUGACUACAUCAAGUCACUACCCUCUGGAGGUGCACGAGAUGUUUUCAUAAAUGCAUUGGCUGUAUGGUUCAAUGUACCUCCACUGGCCGUGUCGCGUGUCAAAUCAAUAGGAAAUCGCCUCCACUCCGCAUCCCUCAUACUCGAUGACGUCGAAGACAGGUCCACUCUUCGAAGAGGCGAACCAGCAGCGCAUGCUGUUUUUGGUGUUGCGCAGACAAUCAACUCAGGAUGCUACGAGUUUGUAAGAGCGGUGGAAGAAGCUCGGCAGCUGGGCCCUGAUGCAGUCGAGAUAGUCCUCGAAGGGCUAGACGAAUUGCAUGUCGGACAGUCGCAUGACCUCUACUGGACACAAAACAACUUGUGUCCGUCAGACAGCGAGUACCUAGAAAUGGUAAAGAAGAAGACAGGAGCAAUGUUUCUACUCCUUACGCGACUACUUCUCACAUGUUCGACGAGCAAAGAGUCAAACAAGCACAUAAUCGCUGAUGUCGAAGAUCUUGUAAGCCUUAUUGGGAUACAAUACCAGAUCCGUGACGACUACCAGAACCUUUGCUCCAAAGACUAUACUGAGAAAAGGGGGUUCUGUCAAGAUUUGGAUGAAGGCAAGUUUUCCUUUCCACUAAUACACGCGUUGAGCGUACAGUCGGAAAGAACUCAGCUACUGCGUGAGCUUCUUCAGCGGAGAAGAGAUGCGGGGCACCUCUCAUAUGAGCAGAAGAAUCUCUUACUUAAGCAACUUGACCGCACAGGUAGUAUGUCAUAUACGCGCGAGACAUUGAAGCGGCUGGAAGGUGAGGUAUACAAAGGUGUGAAGAAGAUUGAGGACGCUACGAAGACGGAAAACUUGAUCUUGAGAGCCUUGUUGCAAAGAUUGGAGGUAUGA